AUGGCAUCCAGUGGACAAAACGAUAGCCCCACUCCAGCAUCAGGUGAUCCGCCAGCAAAGAUUCCCUCCGAAAAAGAGCUUGCCCGAAAAAUCCGGAAACGCGAGCUCGACCGCCGAGCCCAAAGACAAGCCCGCGAGCGUACACGCAACCGCAUCGCCGAGCUCGAAGCUCAAGUUAAGGAAUUACGGAAGGAUGAUUCGACGAGGUUAUCAGCCUGCAUGGAGCAGCUGGCCGCCACCACCCGCGAGCGAGACCGCCUGCUCGACACGUUCAAGUCCAUUGAGCAAACGAUCCGCGAUCAUGUGCUGCCGAGCCGUCCGACCCCAGCAGCGCAGAAACUCUCUCCUCCGGCACCUCCAAGAUCCCUGCCCAGCUCUCAGGAUACGAUGCUGACAGGGCUACCGGCGCACUCAUACGAAGCACCAAUCGGCCUGCUGCCCCAAAUUCCCUCUAUUGUUGACGCUAACGCAUUCUACGGCAGUGGUUGUGACAAUGGACAUGGAGUUAUCGGCACCGCGCCGAAUGGGGUCUCAGCCUCCAGCGUGCACGCGCCGAGUGUUCACGCGCCUAGCUCCACGUCCGACAGCCAAGACCUUGUCGAGGAGCUUGAGGACGAUGACAGAGAUGAGAACCAUGACGACCCUAAUGUUAUCGUACCGCCCCCUGAAUCACCCUGUGACUGUGUCACAGUCCGGACACCUGCGGGCCCGGCUCUACCUAGGGUUAAUGUUUGGCGGGCUGUCAACCAGGUCUUGGCCAAAAAGUGCCGCAUAUCCAGGGAGGCACAUGUGACUGAAGAUGCCAACGACGAGGACAUACCUGUACGGGCGUUACUUGAGGGAUGGGACGCCGUUGCGACAUCGAGACCGUUGUCCAAGCUGUGGAAGAAACUGCGUAGGGUUGACAAGCUGUGUUUUCAGACUUGCCCCCCAACAGAGCGGCUGGCAAUUCUCCGGACAAUGCAUCUUCUGUUGCAGUAUCAUUCCGAUCCCACGCCGGAGCGUCACUCCAAGCUGCCGAAGUGGUAUCUGAAAAGGCCAGGUCUUCGAGAGCGUUUUGUCUUUGGGCAACAUCACUAUUGCAAUAACCAGUUUUGGGAGCUCUUUGGUCCAAACUUCCACAUGCUAUGGCCCUUCGAGUUCCGCGACGCGUACAAGAAGAGCGUGGUCACGGGAAAGUACCAGAUAUCGUCCAUGUUCGAGGAGAGAAUCAUGGACAUAAACGCUUGGACAAUGGGCCACCAGUUCUUCGACCGUUUCCCCGAACUCAUUGCGGACAUACCCACUUUCCAGUCCAUCGGCCAAUCUUUGACGCCAGCUGUCACAUCACCGCCCAUGUCGCAGCAAGCCUCUCUGUCUCAGUUGAAAGAACGGGAAGAACACUUGCUCCUUGAGCAGGCUGCCGAGAAGCAAUCAUCUCAGGACGUCAUAGACUGUACACAGGCCAUGCAGGUGUUUCCUCCAGGUCUCUAUAGCAUGGCGCCCUCAGAAUUCAUGAAUGAGUUCACGUCUCAUGGCUUUGACGCCAAUGGCGCCUCGUAUGGCCCGUUGCCCGGCUAUUUCUGA